AUGCGCCAUAGCCUGCUUCUACUCACGAUGCUUUGGCUACAGAGGAAAGCGGUCGCAGUAGCAGAUUGCCAGAAUCGGGUCGAUGUCUUAUCGGCAAAUGAUCUGCCACCAGAACUGUCGGCCAUAUUUUCGGAUCGAAACGUCGUGAGGACGCCGCUGGACUGUGCGCUGAUUUGCUAUAUGAAGAAGUGUGAUGUGGCCUACUACGACUUCAACGCCAGGCUCUGCCAGUUUACCGAAAAUACAGCUAGCAGCUCGCAGAACUUAUCCUGUCCACUCCUUGAAGCCUUUCGGCAACCAAUCCUCAGCGGCGAGCAAGCCGACGACGUUCAGAGAUUCCACGUCCAGCAAAAAUUGGGGGACCACCAGGAGACCGGAAACCACGGUCACAAUCCGGCAACCACCGCGAGCUCCUCCUCGAGCGAUUCCAAGGACAAAGCCAAAGACCUUAACCGCACCGAAGAACUCGGUGCUGAAGCUGGUCUCGAAUUCCGGGUCUCAGGAAGUGAGGAGACCAAAGCCAUUGCCGCGACAAUCCCAUGGAAUGGCCUCCGAAACGUCGUGGCACCAUCGUUGGAAGAGCUGUCAAGAGAGCUGAUGCUCGAGCACAAGGCUUCACAUCGGGCGGAUAUCAUGACCGGGCCAUUCACGAUCGAGACGAAUAGUAUUACAGUACCUGGAAUCCCCGCACCGCUCUUCCGGCCUACCGUACCCCCAGUUGUUCUGAUCGACUCGACAAAAUCCGGUGAAGCAGGGCUGCCGGAAGAUCGAGCUCCUUUUAACUCGGCCGAUGUGAGCUUUGAGCCCCAACCACGCCGAGUUCGGCCUCAAAAGCAGCAGCUCACGCGAGUGGCUGUGGCCGAGCAAUUAUCGGCAGGAUUUUCGACCCUCCCACGCCAACUGAUCUCCACCGCCGAGUCACCAGAAAUAAUUCCCCGCGAAGCCCGGGGCCAACAACGUCCUGCUGUAAAUUGGACGAGGCGGCGGAUAAAGACGCGAAAACGGAUAUUCCCAGCAUCAACAAAGCCUCACGCCAGAUUCAUCGGGUAUCGUGGUAGUCUGCCCAAAAGCCUUCCAUUCCGGCCGGCUCCUCUGCCACCGCUUCCUGGGGAUAAGGCCAAAGCUAGCUUGCAGCCGGUUCAGAUGCGGUCCAGGAUAAGAAGACCAUGUUACCGUAAUCGGCUGCCAUUCUGCCGUACUCGAAUGGAAAAGCCGCUGCGCCCGAUGUGGGUCGACGGUGGCAGCACGAAAAAUCGAGGAGCUGGAAUCGCGCGGAUGAAGCGUAGCAGCAAUAACCCCAAUAGAAGAUGGUUCUCGAUGUUUGGCCUUGAUUUUCGGAACAUUUUAAAGAUA